AUGGAGAACCUCACCGACCUGUACCUGGAGCAGCAGCCGCGACUGGAAACUCUGAGUCUCAGCGACUUGGGCGGCCUGCGGGAGCUGCGCAACCUCACCAUCGUCCACAGCGGCCUCCGCUCCGUGGCCCUCGACGCGUUCAGCCACAACUCUCGACUGAGCCGCCUGAAUCUCUCCUCCAAUGCUCUGGAGACUCUUUCCUGGAGAACCUUCCAGGACCUUCCACUGCAGGAAUUGGUCCUGACCGGCAAUCCCCUGCACUGCUCCUGUGGGAUCCGCUGGCUGCAGCUGUGGCAGGCCCAAGGGCUGCUGGGACUUGGGGGGCAGGACCUGCUCUGCCAGACUGAGGGGACUGGGGCUCCCCACCUCCUGUCUGAUGUGCCCAUUGGAAACUGUGAGCUUCCGAUGCUGCAGAUUGUGUUUCUGAGCCCGAUGCCGAGCGUGGGUGGCUCUGUGACAUUGCUGUGCAAUGUGAGCGGGCAGCCCACUGCCCAAGCCCACUGGAAAGGGGCAGAACUGGAGGAUUUCGCCAGUGUUUCCGAGUCUUGGGAGGGCAAGGGCCCAAGCUUGACCCUGGCCAACGUGUCCCGGGAGCUGAACCGCAAGAACGUGACCUGUUGGGCCGAGAAUGAGGUGGGGCGGACUGAGCGCUCCGUCUGGGUCAACGUGUCCUUCCCGGCCAGCGUCCAGCUGCACGAGCCGGUGUCCCAACACCACUGGUGCAUCCCGUUCACGGUGGACGGGCAGCCGGCGCCGGCCCUGCGCUGGCUUUUCAAUGACUCGACGCUGAAAGAGACCAGCUACAUCUUCACCGAGUACCUGGAGCCCAGCGCCAACGAGACCCUGCGCCACGGCUGCCUGCGCCUCAACCAGCCGACGCAUGUCAACAACGGCAUCUACACACUCAUCGCCUGGAACACUGGUGGCCGCGCUCAGGCCUCUGUGCCCGCCUCCUUCAUGAGCAACCCGUUCCACUUCAACCCUGAGGAUCCCAUUCCCGUCUCCCUGUCACCCGUGGGUGGCAACAUUACCACUGGGGACCCCGUGGAGAAGCAGGACGACCCCCCUUUCGGGGUGUCUGUGGCCGUGGGUCUGGCCGUCUUCGCCUGCGUCUUCCUGUCGGGGCUGCUCCUCACUCUCAACAAAUGUGGGCGACGCUCCAAGUUCGGGUUCCACCGCCCUGCGGCGCUGACCCCCGAGGACGGCCUGGCCAUGUCUCUGCAUUUCAUGACGUUGGGCGGCAGCCCCCUGUCGCCCGCCGAGGGGAAACUGGACGGCCUAAAGGGCAACGUCAUCGAGAAUCCACAGUAUUUCUGCGACACCUGCGUCCACCACAUCAAGCGUCGCGACAUCGUGCUGAAGUGGGAGCUGGGCGAAGGCGCUUUCGGAAAGGUGUUCCUGGCCGAGUGCUCGCACCUGCUGUCGGCGCCCGACAAGGUUCUCGUGGCCGUCAAGGCGCUGAAGGAGGUGUCGGAGUCGGCCCGCCAGGACUUCCAGCGGGAGGCGGAGCUGCUGACGACCCUGCAGCACGAACACAUCGUCCGCUUCUUCGGGGUCUGCACCGACGGGGACGGGGACGGGGUCGGGGUCGGGGAGCCGCUGCUCAUGGUCUUCGAGUACAUGCAACACGGGGAUCUCAACCGCUUUCUCAGGUCCCACGGCCCGGACGCUAAGAUCCUGCAGAGCCGAGGAGGCCCGGAGCUGGAGUCGGGGUCGGAGCCCGGGGCCGGGCCGGGGCCGGGGCCGGGGCCGGUGCCGGAGUCGGAGCCGGGGUUCGGCCCACUGAGCCUGGGCCAGCUGCUGGGCGUGGCCGUGCAGAUCGCCUCCGGCGUGGUCUACCUGGCCGGGCUGCACUUCGUCCACCGAGACCUGGCCACGCGCAACUGCCUGGUGGGCGCCGGGAUGGUCGUAAAGAUCGGAGACUUUGGCAUGAGCAGGGACAUCUACAGCACCGACUAUUACCGGGUCGGGGGCCGCACGAUGCUGCCCAUUCGCUGGAUGCCUCCCGAGAGCAUCCUCUACCGCAAGUUCACGGCGGAGAGCGACGUGUGGAGCUUCGGCGUGGUCCUGUGGGAGAUCUUCACGCACGGCAAACAGCCGUGGUACCAGCUGUCCAAUCUCGAGGCCAUCGAGUGCAUCACGCAGGGCCGAGAGCUGGAGCGGCCCCGGGCCUGUCCGGCGGAGGUCUACAGCAUCAUGCAGUCUUGUUGGCAGCGUGAGCCGCAGCAGCGUCACAGCAUCCGGGACAUCUACAGCCGCUUGCAGGCCCUGGCCAAGGCGCCUCCGGUCUACCUGGACGUCCUCAGCUAGCCCCGCUCCCUCGAGCACCCUCAUCAUCCGGAGGGGCCCAAUUAGCCUCCCCACCUCGAAGCUGGUCUACUUGGACAUUUCCGGCUAGCGCCCCUCUCUCUCCCCGAACCCGGUCUUUCUGAACAUGCCCAGCUUAGACGCACCCCCCCCCCCCCCAUGUAUCCAGUCCGUCUGGGCGUCCCCAGCUAGUUGCAGCCCCAUGCAUCCUAUCUAUCCGGACAUUUCCAGCUAGUUGCAGCCCCAUGCACCCAGUCUAACCGGAUGUGCCCAGCUAGUUGCCCCUCUAAGCACCUAGUUAAUCUGGACGUCCCCAGAUGGCCACGCCCCCACCUGACCAACGUUUUGGACGUUCCCAGCUAGCCCCAUCCCCCCUCUCUCGGUUUAUCUGGACGUCCCCAGUUAGACCCUCGCAUGCCCUGUCUAUCUGGGCAUCCUCAUCUAGACCCAGCCCCACGCUUUUCGUUACUCUGGAUAACCCCAGCUAAACCCAGCGCUACACGCAGUUUUUCCGGACAUCCCCAGCUAGCGCUCCCUCCCCCCGCCUCACCGAACUCUAGGUUUGCCUGGGAGUCCUCAGCUAGACUCCCCCAUCACGUAGCUGAUCUAGCUGGAAGUCCCCAGCUGGCCCCACCCCCACACUUCCGGGGUAUCUGGACUUCCCCAACUGAGCCCACCCCCACGCUCCUGAUCUAGCUGGACGUGUCCAGCUGCCCCCCUCUAAAGGGAAAAUGCCCUUCCAGCCCACUGUGGCUCUUGACCUCGUCCUCCGAGCCUGGCGAGAAGGGGCUGGUGAGCGCUGGAGAGCCUCCCUAUCUCCCUUCCGCUUGCUCUGUCUCUGUCGGAGUCUCCAUCUUAACCUGAAGAAACACGGGUGGGAUCCCGGCAGCGGGAAGUUCGAGCGAAUCAGCGCU